GCGAGACAAUAAUCCAUUAACAUUGCGGUUCCAAUAUCGAAUAUAAACCCUAGAUACCUAUAAGAAGAUUCUACGUAUUCAACACCAACACAGGACACAGAUCUCACAAGAAUCCCACCCACCAAUUUCCCUAGAUCACGCAGGCGUGUCUUUACAAUGACCACACGUCCACCACACACUCUCAACCCCGAUACAAUCGAAGCCCUUGUAUUCGACCUCAUGGGAACAUGCUGUGAUUGGAAAUCCGGAAUCCUGUCCACUUUAGCACGAACCCCCAGCCUGCAAGCCCUUUCAGAUAACGACCGGUCUCGACUCGCGGAUGACUGGAGAAGUGGAUUUUUCAAUGAGAUCCACGCUCAGUUCGAAGCCGGGGCCCCGCCGGAAGACAUUGAUGUUACGCAUCGACGCGUCCUGGAUAGGAUUCUGGCACAGAGAAGAUUGGAUGCUAUGACAGAGGAUGAGAGGAGGGCUUUGGUGGGGAGGUGGCAUGAACAGUUAGCUUGGCCGGAUACGAUCAAUGCUAUCGAGAGAUUGAAAGAGAAGUUUAAGGUUGUCGUUCUCGCCAACGGGACCACUCGUCUGCAACUCGAUAUUGUCAAGUCAUCCGGGAUUCCUUUUCAUACGCUAUUCUCGUCCCAAUUACUUCAGCUUACAAAGCCCGACCCUGCCAUCUACUACAAAGCUUUUGAAUUAUUACAGAUACCGCCCGAAAAAAGCAUUAUGGUCGCAGCACAUGCGUAUGACCUUCGGGCUGCGAAGAAAGUGGGAAUGAAGACGGUGUAUAUCCGACGAGAUACGGAAGAUGUAGACGAGGACAUGGAUCGAAUCAGAAAAGAAGUAGAUGUAUUUUUAGAAGGAUCUGCCCAUGAUCGAGGUCCGAUGGAGAAGUUGGCGGAUCUGUUGCUGUGAGGGCAUGGUGUUGGGUUUAGUGCUAGAGUAUCUUUUAUAAUAAUGAUGCCUGGAGUUAUACUUGUAUAUGGUUCUUAGUGCAACUUGAAGAGGCUGUCAUUAGUCAGUAUGUACUCUUCCU